CGGUGAAAGUGUUCCGAGAGCGGUGGUAGUGUCUGCAGUGUGCUACAAAAUCCCGACCAUAGUGCGGAAUUCCGGAAGAUGUGCCUGUUUGUGAAUUAAAUUCGUCCCGACAUAAUGUAAUGACUCAUCCAGACGUAAAAUGCGUAUCAAAGCAAUGAGGACCAUGCUGCAGAAGAGGUGAGAGGUGGGGAUGCCCACCUGGUGCCCGAUAACCCCCUACAAGGGGCUAUUCGUUGUGGUACUGAUCUUCAUCUUGCUGGAAUACUUCUUCAACACAAUUUCGGACACUAAAUCGGGCCUCUCCUUCGACGCCGCCAAAUUGCCAAAUCAUGGGAGAGAACCGCAGACCUACGGACCCCUUCUGAAAACCCUGCUCUUCAAGAACAACAAGACCAACAUGUACAACUUCACCACAGCUAUCAGUAACUCAUCUUCUCCCACCAAGAGCUCCAACUUCACCACGUACUUCAACUACAUCGUCACGGAACCGCCAUUCCUGACCCACAGCUUGAACAACUUGACCGGCGUCUUCGAUCUAUCUUCCACCACUGAAUUCGAGAACGUUUCUACCACGAGAACUUUAAACUCCACGCUCCUCCCUCUGUGUCCAGACGACGUUUCCUCAAACCUACGUGGCCGAAUCCCAGUGGUGAAAUCUGCCGUUCCCACCGUCCAGCAACUGGAACACUCCUUCACCUGGUUGAAGCCGGGCGGGCACUGGCAGCCGGAAUCCUGCAGGGUCCUGAAGAGCGUCGCGAUCGUGAUCCCCUUCAGGUGCAGGGGUGAACACCUACUCCUGUUCCUGCAACACAUGCAUCCCUACCUGAAGAGGCAACAGCUGGACUACACCAUCUUCGUGGUCGAGCAGGACGGAGACGGGCCCUUCAACAGGGCGAUGCUGAUGAACAUAGGCUUCAAGGAGGCGCUGAACCUACGGGACUUCGACUGUUUCAUAUUCCACGACAUCGACUUGUUGCCUGAGGACGACAGGAAUCUGUACACUUGCCCGGAACAACCGAGGCACAUGAGCGUGGCUAUUGAUAUUUUUAAGUAUAAGUUGCCGUAUCCCGCGAUAUUCGGCGGCGUGUCGGCCAUCAGUAAAAAGCACUUCAAGCUCCUCAACGGGUUUUCGAAUUCGUUUUGGGGUUGGGGCGGCGAAGACGACGACAUGUCGAAUAGGAUAAGGUACCACCAUCUGUUCAUCUCCAGGUAUCCCCUCACCAUAGCCAGGUACACCAUGUUGACGCACAAGAAGGACAAGCCCAGUCCAAACAGAUAUGACGUGCUGAAGCAGGGCCAAAAACGUUUCGACAAGGACGGACUGAAUAGCCUAAAGUAUAGACUAGUCCAAAGGAAACUUAACCUCUUAUAUACGUGGAUCCUAGUAGGCAUUGACCCACCUAGCUGAUGAAGUCACCUACCUUGAAAUAUUUAACUGAUCUUAAGGCAGCAUUUUUGCCAAAAAAUAUUUAAUUUCUCCUUCUUCUAAGUGAUUUUAGAGUCUAGGAAUUUAUGUUUAUUGUUUUCGAGAGAUAUUUUCUGAUUUAUUUUAUAAUCGAUGAUACUAAAUGACGUACAUAUUUUUUCGUGAUUUAAAUCAAACUCAAAUUCCAAAAUCAAAGAUCGACAUUUUGAAGAGCAUAAACAUCUUUUCUAUGAGUGCUAUUAAAAUGAUGUAUCUCUAAAAAUGACUUAACCUUUUAUAAAUUCAAACUAUUUUCGGACGUUUAAAUUUUUCCCAAAAAAAUUGACAGUAGCUGAACUUGAGUAAAUGUAAUACUUAAAAAUAUUGUAUUAAAAUAAUGUUAGUUCAGAAAUACAAAUAUCCUAUGAAUAUGAAGAGUGAGACUGUAGAAUCUAAGGUAGGUGCCAAAAGUACCGGUAAUUUAUAAUGCCCUGUAUAUUCUCUAUUCACUUUUAAUACCUAAAUGUUUUGUAUUUUUUGGUAAAUAUAAUUUUUAUUACUGCUCUUAUACAUAUUACGUGCGGCUUAUUUCAGUGUUUUUUUUUUAAAGUUUUUUAAAAGCAAAAAGUAUGUACUUUGACACGAAUCUUUCAAAGUAUAUACUUUAUCGCUCGUUUCCUGCUUAUAUGUGAUAAUUUGUCGUUCAGAAAAAUUUCGCAUAAGUUUGGGUAACUAGACGUAUUGUGGAAAAAGACAUGUACAGGGUGUUGCGGAAAUGUGUUACAAAAUUUCGGGGUUAUAGAACAUAAAAUAUACCGUGGUCCUAUCCUCGUGUUUUUCAGAUCCAGGAUGUCAAAAGAGAUUUUUUAGAAUCAAAUUUUAGUCGUGUCUUUCCCAAAAAACUGUGUAUUUCAUUGAAAUUCGGUACAAGCAAGUUUUCUCUCAGUGUUGACUUUUUGGAGGUUAGGUUUUUUACAGUGCAUGUUCUGUAAAGGUAGACGCUCUUGAUAAAACCGCCAAAAACGUAAAUAACUCUUAAAGUCAACCGGCUUCUAUUUCUUAAUAUACAGAGUGUCCAGAAACGAAUUGUGUUACUUCAAUCAAGUUACCUUGAUUGAAACGAAGUAAAAUGUAAAUUGAUCUAAAUUGGUUUAUUUUCAUCGAAAGAAGCUACCCUUGAGGUAUCGCCCAUUAGUUUACAGACACCCUGUAUAUUAAGGGCAGUUACGUCAUUUAUUGCGUUAACUUGUUUUUUAGAGAAGAUGUUUGAUUUUAAAAUAUCAUUUUUGGCACCAUAUACCUCAAAAACAAAAGCCGAUUAUUCUUAAAUUUUGAUGUUCUGGAUGUUCCCUUGAAUGGUACUGGAUUUUUUUCCAAAACACCCUGUAUAUAAAUUGUGAAAGUGUUACUCGAACGUGUACUUAGUUUUUAAAUAUUAUCGUACUUUUUAUUAUUUGUGAGCGAAAGGUAAACUUUGAAUUUGAUUUGGAAUGUCUCAAUUUCUACCUAUAAAAUCUAUACAGGGUGUCCCACCAGGAAUAGCCGCGAUAUCUCGAAAAGUACUGAUAAAUAUGAAAAUUUGGCAACCUACGAAAGGCAGUACGGCCAACACAGCUGAAAUAUUUAGAACUUUAUGGCACUUCCAUUAUACCGGAAGUCGACAUUAACUCUUUUAUUUUAAAUGGGACACCCUAUAUAUUAUUGCAUUCUCGUAUUCUACAUGAAAUUUAAAGGUCAUUUUAUUAAAUAUUCCCUAUACCUUAAGAGUGUAGAUUUUGAGAUUAAUUUUUAAGGAAAAAAUCAGAAAUGUUGUAACAUUUUGAUAACUUCAAACGGCUAUAACAUUGUUAACUUAAA